AUGUUAGAAUAUAUCUGUUUUUCUCUUCAUAUCUAUCUACGUAUUUCUCACACACACUCUCUCUCUAUCUAUCUAUCUAUCUAUCUAUCUAUCUAUCUACCUACCUAUCUAUCUACCUACCUAUCUAUCUAUCUACCUAUCUAUCUAUCUAUCUAUCUAUCUAUCUAUCUAUCUAUCUACCUAUCUACCUAUCUAUCUAUCUACCUAUCUAUCUAUAUAUCAUUAGGCUACUUUAUGCUUCAUUUAUUUCUCUUCCCCUUUUCGUUCUUACUUUUUUUAUCUAGUGCAAAUAUUUUUUUUAAUUUUGAACAAUAUAUUACAAUUUCUUUUAAUGAGUCUUUCUUUCUUUCUUUCUUUCUUUCUUUCUUUCUUUCUUUCUUCCUUUCUUUCUUUCCUUCCUUCCUACAGUCACUUUUUCAUUCUUUCACAAUCGAUAAAUAUCUGGCCAAAUUGAUCGCUUUUUUCCAUUGUACCUUUAUGUUCUUCUUUUUACUUUCUUUCUUCAUUUCUUUCUCUUUCUUUCUUUCUUUCUUUCUUUCUCUUUCUUUCUUUCUUUCUUUCUUUCUUUCUUCUUUCUUUCUUUAUUUAAUUUUUUUCUUUAUUCUUUCUUUCUUUCUUUCUUUCUUUCUUUCUUUCAUUGAUGAGCAUCUCUUAUCGCACCCUUUUGAAAAUGCUUUAUGUCUUAUUCUUUCGUUAUUAAAUUUAAACCGUUUUCUUUCUUACAUAACAUACUUUUUUUUUAUCUCUCUUUUCUGUAUCCGUCUUAACCCUCACAUCUUUCAUUUGUCUCUUUCCUUCGUUUCGGAUGUCUUUCUUCUUUUGCCUUUACCCCCUUUUAACCUAUUUAUACAUAAAUUUUCCACUCAACCGCAUCUCCAUUUUUUUCACUUUCAUUUCUGUAUUUUCAAGAUUCCAAAUACUUCUAUUUCCUUCUUUUUUAUUUACCUAACGAGAAGCAAGCAUUUACGAGCCGAUCUAAAGCAUUACUUUUAG